CGGCUCACACCGACGCGAACCUGGUGCGGACUCGGAACGCCCGCCACCGCCGCUCCGCUCGCCCUGCCCGCCUGCCCUACCCCGCCGCACUCCACCCCACCCCGCCCCGCCGCCUCCGCGUGCGCGCGCGCCCCGAGGCCGCCGACAAGCUCGUCCUGGUGCUGAGCAUGGCUGGUGCCGGGAUGCUGUACCUCGGGCUGGGGAUGGCCCUGAUGAUGCCGGGGCUCGUGGCGCCGGUCGCGGGGAUCGACCUCAGCCGCCUCUACGGCCACCUCAACGCCAAGCGGAACGCUGAGGCAUGCCACCCAUAUGAGCCGUUUAAGUGCCCUGGAGAUGGAGCCUGCAUCUCCAUUCAGUACCUCUGCGACGGUGCGCCAGACUGCCCCGACGGCUACGAUGAGGACUCCAAGCUCUGCACCGCCGCUAAGCGGCCGCCCGUGGAGGAGACUGCGAGUUUCCUACAAUCAUUGCUCGCCAGCCACGGACCGAACUACUUGGAGAAGUUGUUCGGCAGCAAGGCGAGGGACGCGCUCGGGCCGCUGGGUGGUGUGGAGAAGGUGGCCAUCACGUUGUCCGAGUCGCAGACAAUCGAAGAUUUUGGUGCUGCCCUCCACUUGAUGCGCGCGGACCUGGAACACCUGCGCUCCGUGUUCCUGGCGGUAGAAAACGGUGACCUGGGCAUGCUUAAGAGCCUCGGAAUCAAGGAUUCGGAGCUUGGUGACGUCAAGUUUUUCCUGGAGAAGCUCGUCAACACCGGAUUCCUGGACUAGAUUGUAGUUUUUGGCAUGUUCUCCUCUGUGCGACAACACAUAUGUUAUGAUUGUAAGACGAAAUCGUAAAAAAGAAAAAAACUUAAGGUGGUUUCAUUCCCUGUGAUAUAAUCAUAUCUUAUUUGGUGUCUAUGACUUUAGAUGUUUGAGAAUAAGUUUAUCAUCGUAACGCAACAUAUUUUGACCACAAAGCUACUCCUCUCCCGCCUGUGUGGAGAUGAUGAUCUUUUGUAAGGAAUCUCCUGUUUUCUUUCCUUAAAAAUACUUUUGCCUCGUCCUACAAAAAAAAGUGUUUAGACCUCAAGGUCUCGUGUAUUUUUUCAAAGAGUUAUCACCUCCUGCACUGUCGCUGACAGAUUUUUCCCUUUUGAUAUAUUUGUUGAAAUUACAUCGACAUGAGCAUCGUUCGACUUCAACUUCACAAGAUUUGCGCUGUGUUUUUCUUCAUAUGGUUAAUCCAGCGCAGUAGCGGAGUUACGUUUGAAAGAGUUUCGUUUGAUUUUCUUAAAAAAAAAAAAAACACCAAUCACCGUUACAUACCGUCGUGGACGACUAUGACUUGCUUUAUGUUAAAUCGGUUGUUUAUGUACGUUGAAGGUACUACGGAGAAGUACUUAUAAAAUAACGUGAUAACGCGAAGCUGCACGGGGGAAGUGUGUUCAAGUCACGUGCUAUUUUAGUUUUUAUUUAACUCUUAAUUCUACGUAGCGUCUUCCCCUCUGUAAGCCUUCGGAGUCUUUACUUUACCGCGAUGUGAUAGAUGUAGUGGAACCUUGAGUUGAACAGUGAUAUAUUAUACAAUUAUGCUUCGGGUGUAAGUGUAUGUGUAAAGCUGGCGGUGCACUAUUUGCACUGUCAGCUUUGAAAAUAGGAAUGUGGAUUUGGAAAGUAACAUAUCAUUAUCGUACCACUGCAUUUUUUGCAUGUACACCAUUUAUUGUUGAUAAAAAUAUCCUAGCACGUGUAUAAAUCACUGCUUUAAGUGUAUGUGCAUACAUUAUUCUGAUCUCUCUUUCGUCGUUUGACAGUUAUGAGAAUGAGAGAUUUCAUAAUUUCUGCACGUGAAGCGCGUGGAACUUGUUGCCCCACGUUGUAAUAGCCAACAGCGCAUUUUGCACAAAACUACAUAUCAUUUUACCUACCAUCAAUCUAGUAAUUGUAUAUUUACUUUUAUGAAACUUUUACAUGUAUAUCAAAUUUAUUGUUAGGUGAUUAUGUCACGAUAAGGUCAUUUUAUUGUUACUCUAUACAUAUCAUGAUUAAAUCAAGUCCAACGAACAUAUCAAUUUCAAUUACAAUAGGCUAUUAGUCUAAUUUUUCAAAAGUUUCCAUUAUGAAUGCAAAGUGUAUUUUUUCUCCUAAUGUUCUUUAUGCUGUCAGUGGAAAUUAGUUUUCAAUAAGACUUGAUUUUUGUUUCGUAAUAACUUUAAAUACAUGUGUCAUUUGCCAUUUAUAUCCGAGAAUCUACGUAAAGCUGGGUGAGGAACUAUAGUAGGCUUGUGUGGCUUUUCUUUGACAAUUUGUUCACUAGUCAGAAGUUAAAAUGUCUACGUUCCAAAGCAUUUUAAAACGUUCCCAGGUAGCGAAACCAGCAAAACUGCAUCAGGACUACAUUUUAUGUCCAAUCUAAAAUGCGCCUAUAAUGCGCAUAAAACUCUUUAAAUGCGCCUAAAGGUGCCCCCACAAUGAGCGGGGGGCGAUGCUCGGUAGGCGAUGCCGUGUGGCCAGGCCGUGCUGGCAGGUCGUGCCGGUUGCGCGGGGCUACGCUUGUGAUCGUCUUAUUACAGCUUUUUUCGAAUAAAAGUGGUUGAACCUGCCGGCACGGCUUACCAGCACGGCCCCCCGCUCAUUGUGGGGGCACCUUAAGGCGCCUAAAAUUCACAUUUAAGAUUGGACAUAUAAUGCAGUCUUGACGCAGUUCUGCUACCGGGGUUUCUGCUUUAUCAUCCUGCAUAUCCAUUUAACCCUCCUCCUCCCUAUCCGUUACUGCCCUCUGCUUGUUAGGGCGUUAGUAAAUGUCUAAAAAAAUGUUUUUUUGGUUGCGUCAAUUUGCAAGUAUUGACAUUUGUUAAUAGAAAGCAAUAGUCAAUAAAGUGUCAUCGAUUUGAAGUUACUCUGACGUAUAAGCGUAAUUUUGAUUCAAAACCGUCCAAGUUUUGUCGAAAUUUCGACCAGUUCUCGUCAAAUUGCCGUAAUUUUGGUUGUUCAUUGUUUGCUGGGUUACGUAUUCAGAAUAUGUGUGUUGCGUACCCACCUGUGGUAGACUCGCUGCUGCGCAUUCUAUUAGAUGGCUUCUCACUCCAAUUCACCUACCGUGAUGCCAGCGUAGAUUUUCGUUUAAAGUACAUAUAGAUGUAAGAGGACUCCAUUUUUUUGCACAUUACUGUAUAAGGCGCAUUUGGGGGUUGCUGACAAACAUCAUUCAUGGCCAUUCUAGUGGGCUGCUGACCUGGCAGCUCACAGUAUAAAAGGUCACGAUGCCGUAUUGAGAAGAGUUCGGUCGGAAACAAUGUCUAUGGCUUGUCUCUUUUCUUUUGCAAGAAACAAUGAGUGUUUUAACGUUAUAAAUAGAUGCAUAGAUGUACUACUGGUAACGUGUUGGCUCUCCCACUUCCAGUCAUUUUAGGAAGACGUUCCUCCUGAAGGGUCUUCUCUGCAGUUCGCGAAAAAUUUGGUGCUGAUCCCCAAUGCGAAAAAAUAUUAAAUCGACAUCGAAACGACGUCGAAACGAGGUGGAAAUUGUGGAAUCGACGUCGAAACGACGUAGUUUUGCUAUGAAUUUCUCACUGGGGAGCUAGUUGCGGGGAGUUUGUUUUUGUCAUAAAGAUAGAUUAAGCAAAAAAAAAAAAAAGUUCGACAACCGUAUUUUGUGAGCCUUUGGGUUCUCAACAAACACGCGAACCUUCCCGGUACGAUACAUCUGCCCCUCUUCUUAGGUCCUCCAGCUCCUUAGAGAUCUCCAUCGUCCGGAUCUCUUUGGUGCUUAAGGCCCUCUAAGUGGUAGAGCAAGGUUGCAGCCCGAAUAACAGUACUUGCCUUGUUUGAAAGAAAAUUUCUGCUGUCAAACUCGUUGAGCUCGUAUCGGGGUGUCGGGAAGUGGGCCAUUUUCUUACGUUACAAGCUUUUCUGCCUUUGCUGGUAUAUAGACAUUAUUUUUACUGUUCUUCUUUGGAAUCCGUAUAACUUAGUUACGACUUCAUUCUCAUUACUGUGUAGACUGUAGAUUGUUAGAUGUCUUUAUCCAAAUGUGCGAGGGGUCGCGAUGGAAUUAUCAUCGAUUGCUUGUUUUUGAUCAACAUAGUAAAUUGGAGCACCGCGUAGUUAUUCGUCUAGUUUUUCACAAAUUAAUAAACACUCUCGUGAUCUGGGGGAAGAAACUCUCUCUACGAUAAAUAAAUAUUUUGUUUGAGAAAAACUAAAACAUUUUUGUGUUGCGUUCUGGAUAUUCCGUUUAGGAAGUUGGAAUCUUAGUUACCAAACCACAGCAUAAUACGUUAAAAUAUUUCUUACCCUCCCAGAAAUACUAGAAAUAUUUCUUUGAGAAAUUUACCGGAGUCGUGCUUAGAUCCUGGGCAAUAUCCUCCCUUGAUGUCACAAACGAUGGCCUGACACGAAAACUUACCACCUCAUCGAGCGGAAUGUCAACGGAGGAAUUUGCCGCUGGUCUAUAUAGAUACACAAAGAUGGAUUUUACCUUCCUUUUUGUAAACAAAAUCUAUAUUUAAAAAAACAUAAAAUUAUGAUGUUUGGAGGUGUUAAAAUGGGGAAUUAUUGUUAGCGGGCGAUGGACGUUUAAGAGAUAAAUUAAAUCUUAAGGGACUUCGAGAUCAAAACGCGAAAGCAAGCGAGAACCUUCAACUGCAACCCUUCGCUUUUCUGUUCAAGCGCACUUACCAAACCCCUGUUGUGGGGUGAGGGCGUGUUUGUAUAUUUUAUUUUAAUAUUGACGAGGCUUCGUGGUGUAAAAUAUCGGCUGAAAGAAUAUGUUGUCGUAACUUUUGCUUUGAAUAUAAUUCCGUGUUCGGAAACAAGAACAUCAUCGGACGUCUGUGAGGGUGGUUGAAAAUGUUAUCUUGAAGUUUAAAAAAAGAAUCGCGAAAAAGAAAGUUCGUGAGGUCUUUUAUGCCAUGGAUUAUCAGAUCAUUACUUGUGAGUUUUAUUUUCAAAUAUUUUUGUUGAUGUUAGCAUUUAUUCAGAAAAAUAAUAAAUUUUUAACAAAGCAUUCAAA